AUGGCGUACCAUCAGGUUCUUGUAGUCUUAACAUGGACAAUACCAUGUAUCUCCUUUUUCAUUUAUAUUGCUGUAGGUCAACCAAAUGAAGCCUCAAACCGCUUAUCAGUAGACAUCAGGAAAAACUAUAACAAAAUGAUUCGAGGAGUGCAGGAUAUGAGAGAGGUAACCUACCUUUAUUUUUGGUUUAAUCUGAUUCGUAUUGCUGAAUUUGACGAAGUGAACGGAAAACUAUCAGUGGUAGGAUAUUUUGAAAUAUUCUGGAAUGAUUACAGGAUGAGAUGGGAACCAGCAGAAUAUAAUUACACUAACAAAAUUCUUUUCAAGGAAAAAGAAGUAUGGAGACCCUUGAUUGUUUUAGUUACACCCCAAGAUAAGUUCAAAAUACUUGGCGACAAUGACAAUUUCGUAAUAAGAUAUAACCCAAGGGGUCGAGCAGAAUGGUAUCCCGGGGACAUUUGGGCGUCAUCAUGCACACCAGAUAUGUAUAAAUACCCCUUCGACACACAGUCUUGCUUGAUAUCCUUUACUAUAUGGGACUAUGACAUAAAUGAAGUCCAGUUUAUUGCUUUAUCUGACAAAAUUAGUUUGCACGUGUACUCUUCUCAUGGUAUGUGGGAUUUGAUAGAAACAUCGAUGCAGGUCGACAUCGAUAGGGAACUCAAUCUGACGCUCAUAGAUAUUACUUUGAUUUUGAAGAGGAUUUCCACAUUCCACAUAGUUAAUAUGAUCCUUCCUAUUGUGUUUGUUGGAUUGCUCAAUAUCCUCGUUUUCCUUCUUCCUGCUCUGUCUGGAGAAAGAGUCGGCUACUCCAUCACCGUGUUACUCGCUAUUGCAGUCUUUCAAACAAUCGCCUUUGAAAAGCUUCCAAGCGUUUCUAAGCCUAAUCUUCCUUUGCUCUGCAUUAAACUCUUAACCGACCUAAUUCUGAGUGCUUUAGUAAUGACGUUUACAAUCAUGACGCUAUAUUUUUAUCACAUGCCAGAAUCUCGUAAUGUGCCCUCGGGUGUUGCAUGUGUAACAAGAUUUGUGUUGUGCAAAACCUGUUGUAGAAGCAAUGUUAACGACACUGUCAAAGACAAGUACUAUAAAUACACUAUCAGAAAUGGGAUCGGUAUAACAGAAUAUGUAUCAGAUAGUGAUUACCAUCAGACCGAGGUCACGUGGACAGAUGUUGGUAAAAGUAGUGAUAUUGUAUUUGCCGUGUUUUCUUUAUUAGCCUUUAUUAGUUCAAAUGGCGUAUUCUUCGUGUGUGUAGCAUUUUAA